AUGUCCUUCGUCACUGGCGCCGACUCUGACUUGUUGAGAAGACGCUCAGACGAAUACACCAGCAGCGCAGAAAAGAUCAACGCCGCUACAUACACGCCAGAGAAGACGCCCAAAAACGCUCGUGUUAAGAAGGACAAAAACCAGGCAAUGGAAGAUCGAAAUCUCCGAAACACCAGAUCUACCCAGACCAGCCCAACUACCGAGAAGGGAGCAUCUGCAUCGUGCGAAUCAAGCAUUUCCACAUCAAUGGCUGAUUCCAGUGAAGGUAUUACCACAGGCAUCAAGGCUAUUAAUAUGCCUCCUCGUCCCGGUCAAGUUCCUGGCCAAGUUCCUCCCGCACCUGUCUUUGGUACUUUUCCCUUUGGUGACACAGAAGAUCAUCAGAACAGCAUGAUUAUUUACUGGCUGGAUGAUCUGGAGCACACAUAUGCGAAAACGACUGAGCUGUACAACGAAACGUUUCCAAAUGAUAAGGUGACUGAUGAAGCUGUACGUCGUCGUCACAUUAGAUCUUUGGAGCGGCUUCAGAAGCGCUACGGUGCAAAGCCUGUGGCGCAGAUUGGCAUAGUCGGCAAGAAUAUCGCAAGGCGUGGUAGGCCGCGUGCACCACGUCUGAGUGGUAUCGAGCCCGAGAAUGAUCCUUCCGACGCUGCUUCUCCAUCUGAAGAGCAAAUUGAAAGCGAUGUCUCCGCCCCUGAAGAUAAUUUGGCUCCUACAUUUCCGUCUCCUCCAAAGGGUAGCCUGGCCAAAGCUACGAAUCAGGCACAACGCGAGAAACGGAACCACCAGGGCCAUGAGUUCGACAAGGCUUGUAUCGUUGUUUGGCACGACGCUGAUAAGAUGUCGUUCAAGGACAUCCGCACGAGGCUCGACAACGAGCGUGGAUGGUCCCUGGGUGAGCCCACGGUCAAGAAGGAGUACACGAGGGCUCGUGCUCGCAUCUGGGGCACGGCUGCACCGGACAUGGCUACUGACGAGGACGAAAAUGGAGAAAGAGAUGCGACUGAAGACGGGGAAGGAGAAGACGUUGAAAUGAAGGAGGACUUGAUUGAACAGGAUGAGAUAUGA